AUGCCACCAUUCAAUUUAUUGGACUAUUUUCCUGAGGCCAAAGGCGAUGGUCUGAACAUUUCUUGGGCUUUCGAAGUCAACAACAGAGGGAGAUUAGCCGUUGUCCUUAGAUCUUACGUGAUGAUUUUAGAAGCUGACGUCUGUAUGUCUGGCAACAGCCGUUUUCCCGUCCCUGUAAUGGGUCAGUCAUCUAACAACAAUGAUCUUACUUUGGAGGAGUGGCUAGAAGAUGUUAUGCGUCUCAACAACAAAGGAAUUAAAUUGAAUUUCCGUUCGACCGAAGUUGUUGAACCUGCUUGUAGAGUAUUGGCACGUGUUGCUGAUCAGUUAAGAGGACCUAUAAUCCUGAAUGCCGAGAUUUUGCCUGGUCCGAGCAGUGCCCUGACUCCUCCGGUGGACGCUUGGACGUUCCUUACCCUCUGUCGGACACGAUUUCCUCACUCCACUAUCUCUAUCAGCUGGACGAUGUAUCCAGAAGUUGUGGAAGUACAGGAGGACAUCUGCAGUAAACCUGGAUAUUCUCUGGAAAUGAUAGAUAGAUUAGUCGCUCUGGUAAAGGAGUACAGUCUUAUUCAACCCCUCAUGUUUCCGAUGGAAGGAGCCCAUCUCAAGUAUUCCAUUCCGGAAGUCCAGCGACUCGUUUUCCAAGUCCCUAACAGCUCUUUGAUGAUCCAUUCCGACAGAGGUGACCUUCUCACUGUGGAGGAUUUGCUGCUUUUUCGGCAGUCCUUCGGUGCCAGUCAAACCUUUUAUCACCUUCCCGAAGAUUUGCUGAAGCAUUUCUACUCCUUGAUAUGA